GAUUCCGUGACUUGCGCCCUCCAAGCUCCCUCCUUCCCGUCUGGGGGUGGGAAGUAGGUACCGAGCCAGCCCCGGCAGACAGCGGUAGGAUGGCUAUGGAGCGCCACGGAUGGAGGUGGCUACCCGGCCUCCUGGCGCUGCUGGCGGCUCUGGUGGUGCCGAAAGGGUGGGCCAGGGACACCUCUGGCGCGGAGAGCCUGGGUCUGUGGCCCUUGCCCUUUGCCGUGGAUAUAUCCCCGCGCUCGCUUCACCUCUCUCCCAACAACUUUUUCUUCGGCCACAGCCCCACUUCCAAAGCCGGCUCCUCCUGCGAAAUCCUUCAGGAAGCGUUUCGGCGAUAUUAUGACUUUAUUUUUGGUUUCUACAAGUGGCAUCAAGGCUCUUACCAGUUAUGUUUUGGCACGGAAUUGCAGCAGCUUCAAGUCCACGUGGAGUCGGAGUGUGACACUUUCCCCAGCAUCUCUUCAAAUGAGUCCUAUGUUUUACAUGUAAAAGGACCAGAGGCCUUGCUCAGGGCCAACACAGUUUGGGGAGCUUUGCGAGGUUUAGAGACCUUUAGCCAGUUAAUUUAUCAAGAUUCUUAUGGGACUUUCACCGUCAAUGAAUCCGAAAUUAUAGAUUUUCCGAGGUUUCCUCAUAGAGGAAUUUUAAUUGACACAGGGCGACACUUCCUGUCAGUAAAGACCAUUUUUAAAACUCUGGAUGCCAUGGCUUUUAAUAAGUUUAAUGUUCUCCACUGGCACAUAGUUGAUGACCAGUCUUUCCCUUAUCAGAGCAUCAAUUUUCCUCUACUAAGCAGUAAGGGAAGCUAUUCUUUGUCUCAUGUUUAUACACCAAAUGAUGUUCGGAUGGUGAUUGAAUAUGCCCGAAUACGAGGGAUUCGGGUCAUGCCAGAAUUUGAUACCCCUGGCCAUUCACGGUCUUGGGGAAAAGGCCAGAAAGACCUCCUGACGCCAUGUUAUAGAAAACAAGUUCUCUCUGGGACUUUUGGACCUAUUAACCCUAUUUUGAAUACAACUUAUAACUUCCUGUCUAAAUUUUUCAAAGAAAUUAGUACCGUGUUUCCAGAUGAAUUCAUUCAUAUUGGAGGAGAUGAAGUAGACUUUGAUUGUUGGGCAUCCAAUUCAGAAAUCCUGCAGUUCAUGCAGGAAAAAGGCUUUAGCAAAAAUUUCACUAAACUCCAAUCUUUCUACGUGUUCAAGAUUUCAAAUAUGAUUUCAGCCAUGAAGAAGAGACCCAUAGUCUGGCAAGAGGCUUUUGAUGGCAGAGACAAGUUUAUGCCCGGCACAGUAGUUCAGGUAUGGAAAAUAGAAGACUAUAAAUGGGAACAAAGUCUUAUUACGAAAGCUGGCUUCCCUGUGAUCCUUUCUGCUCCAUGGUACUUAGACUUGAUCAGUUAUGGACAAGAUUGGAAGAAUUACUAUGAAGUGGAACCUCAAGAUUUUCCUGGUUCUGACAAAGAGAGAAAGCGUGUCCUUGGCGGAGAAGCUUGCCUAUGGGGAGAAUAUGUGGAUGCAACCAACCUUACUCCAAGACUAUGGCCUCGAGCAAGUGCUGUUGGUGAGAGACUCUGGAGUCAUAAAGAUGUCCGAGACAUACAUGAUGCCUACAGCAGACUAACCAUUCACCGCUGCAGAAUGGUCAGGCGAGGAAUAGCUGCAGAACCUCUCUUUACUGGCUACUGUAACCAUGAGCACAGAAUGUAAAAAUGAGCUGAAACAGAGGAGGGAGAAGCCCACAGUAAUCUGUACUACAAUCAAUAUGAAUGUAAUACCAUGUUUUUGAAUAAAAUAUCUUUUUUGUUGAUUAAA